GGUCCCCGAGGCAGCGGCGGGCGGUGGCUUUGGGGGGGGGGGGUGCCGGGCGCAUCCCGACCGUGCGGGGCUGGGUUUCCCCACGGAGCGCGGGCUCCUUCUGGCUUCCCGGCCCUCCCCGCCGUGCCUCUGCGCUCCUUGGAGCUGCGACCCCGUGGCAGCGUGGCGUCGGUUAGGUGCAGGGUUUGGCCUGCAGGACCCGGCUGCGAGCCCAGGCUGGCCAUUUCAGACUUCUUUGAAACCUUGUGCACAUGCAGUCAGUUCCUCGUUUGUAAAAUGGGCUUGAUAAUACCCGCCUUGGGGUCGAAUGGAUGUCGGGGUGCCUGGCGGUUAGCAGUGCUCCUUAGUUGUGGGAAUGACUAUUACCGUUGCCUGAAUUCUGACAGCAGCGAGGUGCGUUGGCCAAGGUCUGUCCUCUGGCCAGACAGGAAUUGCAGGGUGACUCCCAUGCAGUGUGACACACAGACCUGUAAUUCCUGAUGUGAUGAGAGUGGAGUUUGCUGUCCUGAAUUCGAAACACAAGUCAUUAAGCCUGGGCCCUGACUCAUCUUCAGGAGAGAAAAGAGAGAUGGGAGACUUAAAACCUGGGGAUAAAAAGAGGGUCCUUCCCACAUGGAUGACAGCCCAGGAGGCCGGGAAGAGAAAGGUGGCAGUGAAGACCCCCAAGGGGAGGAGUCCGGCAGCUCAGGGGGCUGCUGCAGCGAGACUUGCCACAGCGAGGACCGUGUACUGCAUGAAUGAAGCUGAAAUGGUAGACGUCGCUCUGGGGAUCCUGGUUGAGGCCCGGAAACAGGAAAAGCCCUUGGAGUCUCCAACUCUGGUGGGCGCUGAUAAGCCAGCGCUGUCCCCAGUCCUCUCAGCGUCGUCACCAGGAUCUCCUGGGAGUAGAAGUGAGGAUGAGGACAUUGGGAAAGACGCCCUUCCUCCAGGCCUCAGCCCUCCUCAGGGGCCCCCAGGGUCUGAGUCUGCGUGCAGCGGGAGCCCUGAGGAGGAUGAGGACAUGUUAAAAUACGUCAGAGAAAUAUUCUUCAGCUAAGGGACAGACUCCCCACGACUUUUACACGGGACGCUGGAGGAAGCUGGCUUCCCCUCCCUGCCCGGGACCUGCCCAAGGAUGCCGACGCCGCCCAGUCCUCCCCUCCCUGGGCUGGCAGAUGCACCGCGGAGGGGAAGCCCAGGAGGCUCUGGGCCUUGGGACCUGUCACGCCGAGUGUGUGGAAAUGAGGAGCCAAAAUGAGCUUCUGUUACAAUUUCUCUCUGCACUGACCCUCCUCUGCUCAGAGGGUCUGGCUUUAUUCACUUCCCUGGUUCAGGGAAAGGUGGACAUGGGGGUCACACUUAUUGGAACCAAAGAGUCAACUUAAUAACUUUGAAAGAAGAAAGAGUACGGCUGCUAAGUUCACAAGAAACCUGACCGUUUCGUCAACGUGAUCUCUCCCUGCAGAGGAAGCUUCUAAACCGAGUUCCCCUCACCUGUGCAGCCCGGGAGGCAGGUGACCCGCCCGCAGUGCCCUCCUCUGCCUGGCUCUGGACUGGAAGGCCUCUGCACCCCCCGUGCGGCCGCCUUCCUUCUACUCGGCGGCUCAGCCUCGGCCCCAGGGCAGUUGUGAAGCAAGAGUGGCCCAGGAGUCCGGGGAGACAGCGGACCAGAUCCCGGCAGAGUCCGCAUUUCUGUCUCUGUUCAGGGUGGCUCCGGACAGGCAUGGAAUGGGGCUGUCGUUCGCUGUCCGGGUUUUCUGAUAUGCAGAUGCGGAGAAAUACAGUCCCCCAAGGCGAAGGUUGUGCUUUUAUCCUUUGCAGUUCCCGGUGGAGGAGUGAAGAGGGAGGUGCAGCCUCUGUACGUCGGGCGGCUCCGUGCGCCUUCCUCUCUUGCCCUGGGAUGUGGCACAUUCUGUUCCCGACUCCCAGGGCACGUGCGAGGAAUGAUUUGCCCGCUGCCGCCCCUGCGGCAUCUGGCCUUAGGUCCCAGAGCCUUUCCAGGAGAGCCCUCAAAGCCUCUGAGGCUUCUGUUUGUGCCCACGGGUUCUGUCUGUGGUGAAUCCCUUGAGGGGUCCCUCCUGGGCCUUCAGGAGUGGUAUCAGGAGAGGGGCUCCGCACGUCACACCCACCCCGGGAGGGAGAGCUUGCUAACCAGGGCCCCAAGGGACACUGAGGCACACUCUCUCUCUCAUAAUGUUCCCCAUUUAUUGACAUAAACCUUUCCUGGGUUCCAGUUUGAUAUAUGGCCAAUUACCCUGGCAAUCAGGCCUCGUGAGGGCAAUCCUCUCCCUGUCCUCCUGAGGACGAAGUAAGAAAGGCUUGCUCAGAUCAGUGCGUUACAGGAGUUCUCUGGACAAGGAGCUACAUGGUCUGGGGUGUCCUUGGAAACCUCAGAAGUCCCACAGGAAGGACAAACCUGCACAAAGGUUGUCCCACCAUUGCUGCCUCCUGGCCUUCUGGACACUGGGCACCCCCCUUUCUCUGGGGUGGGGCCCAUCUGCUAGGGCUUGAGAUCAGCAUUCCCUAUGAAACAGGCUGAGAGGACAUACUAACACCUCAAUUUUCUGGCACUUUCUCUGAGCGUGGUUCAAACUGAACUCUUGCAAUCAUGUAAGCCUUUAGAUAGAACUAGAAGCUGUCCAGCUUGCUCUUGUCCUCCGCCCUCUGAGGGAACAUGACCGUGGCCAUAAGCAAGAGGACAAGUAAGGCCAGGGCAGUGCCCAGAGCUAAAAACCCAGGCCCCAAGAGGGAGAGCCUGAGCCACUUCCAGGUGUAGGUGAGGAAGAGGCCCAGGCCACUGGCCAGCAGCAGAGAAGACAUGGCCAGGAAGCCCACCGCCAGCUGCCACUCUCCCUCGCUGCUGUUGCACCGGGCCAGGAAGAGAGGCAGGGGGACAAAGAGCGCGAGGACCAGGGCCCCGUACACACCCAGCCUGGCCAGGGCCAGGCCGACCCGCGGCACGCCCAGGGCCUCCAGCUCAGGGAACUGGUGGCACCGCAGGGAGCCCGUGCCCUCGUCCCACAGGCAGAAGUUGUAGAAGCCGAUUCUGAGGUGGGGCAAGUCUGCGAGGUUGCCGGUCUUCCAGAGCAGAGCGUAGAACAGCAGGGAGAUGACCGCUGCCGCGACGGCCAUGAGGCCCAGGAACAGCAGCUGCUCACUCCGCCUUGGCCCAGGGACGGUCAUUUUCUCCUGCCUUUCGAGCGGCUGCCUUCCUGUGACCUGAGGGAAGUCACAUCCGUCAGUGCCCAGUCUCCCUCCCAGCGUCCUCACAAGCUCAGGUUCUCCCUUCUGGAAUUCCGUAAACACCUAUGGCAACCUUCCUUCCAACCCCAGCGGGAACAAGAAGUUGGAGGGAGCCUCCAGGUAGGACCCACUUGGUGAGUCCUCAGCGGCCUCCCUGGGCCGAGCUCAGGGGAAGCCCCCUCCCCUGCCCCGGAGGGCUGGGAGGGCCUGACACGGGCUCACUGAGGCCCUCUGAACAGGGGCUUCGCUGCACUUCUGACACCACAAGCCACUGGAAACGUCUGUGAGGGAGUUUCUCAGAUCCUGACGAGGGAAGGCUUGGUGGGGGUGAAGGAGAAGCCAAUGGGUCCUUGAGGGCCUGAAGGGGGACACAGUGCUACAGGCACAGGGAUCCACGGUUCUCAGGGUGACAGCGGCACCACCAGGAGCUGGAAGAACCACCACCAGUGGGACCCCGACCAGGGCAAUCAGAACUUCUGAGGCUGGGGCCAGGCACUGACUGUUCUGGACGCUCUACAGCGUGCCCUCAUGUGACCUAGGGUUGAGGAGCCCUGCUCUACUGUCCUGUGAGCCCACCAGCCCUGCGCUGGGAGUCAGGACAGUGAAGACAAGAGGCUACCUGGACCCCUCCAAAUUGGCCUCUACAGCAGUUGUCUGCAUACAAUACCUUUGUGUUCGCAAACCUUCCACUUCGGAAUGGCAGCCCAGAGCUCUGGAACUCAGUGCUACUGGCCUUAGAAGACACCAGGUGCUGGGGACAAACCAGAGUGACAUCCAGCGCCAGGGACACUGGUGCAGCCGGAGGGUAGCGUCUGGAGGGUCCCCGGGGAGGAGCAGCCCCUCCCUCUUUCCCACAGCUGACUGGAAGGAAGGGGUAUCUGACCACAUCCCUUAUUUGUUUUGCAAGAACAGAAAGUGCCCAGAGGGAGAGAAAGGACAUGUACUUGGGAACAGGAUAUGGGGUCGGCCUGAGGGAGGGGGGCGCUGUCCUCGUGUCCCUGGGCCACUGCACCAGACACCACAGACUGGGCAGCUUAGAAACAGCAGACUCGGCUCUGGAGGCUGGGACGUCCGAGAUGUAGGUACUGGCUGAUUUGGUGGCUGGUCAGCCCACCUCCUGGUUCAUAGACGGACAUCUUUGGCUGUGUCCUCAAAGGACAGAAGGGACAAGAGAGCUCUCUGGGGCCUCUUGAUUUUCUUCGGGGGGCCUCUUUCAUGAGGGCUCUGCUGUGAACCUAAUCACCUCCCAGAGGCCUCCCCUGAUACCAUCACACUGAGCUUAGGCUCCAACAUAUGAAUCUGGAAGGUCACAAUCAUUCACUCUAGCAGGUGGCUGCAUUCAGAGGACAAACACGGAGAAUAAAGAUUUAUCAGCAACUCCUUUGGCAGAGAGCGGGGGACACACUGCCUGGGGGUGAGGCUGGGGCCCAUUAGAACAGAAACAUCAAUCUGUGCGGGCAAUGAGGUUUUGAGCCUGUGAGGACCUGCACACAGGCCCCUGCCCAUGGCUUCUCCAGGGGAGCUCGGAGAUGGGAGAGCGACGGGCUAUCCCUGAGGAGGCCCCCUACAUCCGUACUGUGUACUGACCGGAGUCUUGGGAGGCCUGAAUUAAUGAAAACAGGAGGCCGAGGCCCUGUUUGAAUACAGUUGGAGCUUUGUGCUUGCGACAGCAAGACUUACCAGGUAUGAUAAAGAUGUCUUUGGGCCCUGUGUUGUGAGAUUAGCAUAAUGGGGGUUCUAACCAGUCUGGCCUGUGGUGCAGGGGGGUGGGGGGUGCGGGACAGGGGGAGGUAGGGAAUCCCCAGCAGGAGGGUGUUUUGUAUGGUUUUGGAUAUUUAACAAAUGCCUGUAAAAACCUGUACCUGUGUUUUUAGUGGGUUUAGGUAUCAGGGUGUGGAGAGGAUUUCCAGGGCUGGAACCCCGAUUUGAAUAAGUGUGCUGAAGAAAGUGAGGUCCGACUUGCCUCCGCUGCCCUGGACCCAGAGGUCGGGAGCAGGGAUGGCUUCAUAUGAGUGCUCCCUCUUGCUGCCCCUGUUUCGGGCCUAUUACACGUGGGUUAAAAAAGAAAUCGCUAUUAUUAAGCAUUUUCGACUGGAAGACAGCUCCGCCCCCUCCAUGCCACAGGCUUGGCCUCCGGAAGGGAUGGGAACGCCAGCCUGGCCUUUGUUUUUGAUCUCUCUCUUCCUCAACUGCCCUUUGGUAGGUCCUCACCCGAGAGAGAAACAAAUCAAACUGCAGCUGGGAAGCCCAGAAGUGGGUCUGCGGAGAAGGUGGUCGCCCCCGGCUUCCCUUCUCCCCUCUUCACAGGCGCAGCGUUCAGUCGAAGCUCCUUUGCCUGGAGUUCGGGGUCACGGCCACCUGGUGCCACUCUGAACUUGCACUUCUCUCCGAGGGGGGGCCUGCUCCCUGUGCUUUCCACCCUUGCUGUGCUCAGGCACCCGCCACCCCACUGCUGAAGUCCGACCCUGCUUUCUGCCUCUAAAUCCUACUGACACCUGCUCGCUCUAGUUUGCUCUCCGUUUUGUCCCCAGAAUGUGGGGUGAUACACACUAGGAACUUUUUUUGAAUGAAUGAAUGAGGAAGGGAGGGAGGGAGGGCCCUGUGGCAUCCUUUAGUAAUCUCAGGCAUGUGUCCUAACAAGCCAGCAAAGCUGCUUGAGGUGAGGGGCAGGCUGUGUUUGGUGUCUCGGCCACACUGCGCAGUGCUGUGUCCUGUGUCCUAUGGGACACCUGGACAGGCUUCAGGACCUCGUGGACUAAGGCUGGAGGCUGGUCCUAGCUUCUUUGUCUAAACGUCUCAAAGUGAACGCAGAUGGAUGUUCGGCUGGAAAAGCCCGUGGCUCUCUCCUCUGCUGUGCCAGGAGCCCACCCUGGCUUUUUUGGCUUUUAACGAUCCUAGCAGUCACGUUCUCGCCACCAUGAGCUUUUUCAUUCCCUUUCACAGUAAGCCUUGCUUCCUUCAGAGGGGAACCCAGCAGACUGCUGAGUCACUGCUGCCCUUUUUUAGCUGAACUUUUCUCCAUUUAUAAUAAAGCAAUAGAUGCCAAUCGUAGAAAACUAGAAAAAUAUGCAAAUGACUAAAAAUCACCUGUAACUUCGGGUUGAAGAAACAACUACUCUUAACAACACAUUUCCUUCCAUAACAUUGUUUUACACAGUUGGGCUUGCGUAAAUAUGUUUGUAUCCUGCUUCGUAAACACCAUGAUAGCGCGAGGACAUCUGUGUAGGUUACGUUGUUCGACAUUAUUUUGUCAGACUAGAACUAAUGCUGAGGUGAAUGUGGGUGAACCACCACGUCCUGCCAUGGGCACUUGCUUCUCAAGACCGCCGAAAUGUUCUCUCCUGAGUCGUAGAGUCAAAGGAAACCUUACAAACUGUCCUAGUCCCUUCGUUCCCUUUCACAGAGGAGGGUCGGUAGCUCUGGUCUCCAUCUCCGGAGCAUGCUUGGUCCCUGCCUGUGAUCCUCUAAAGGACCAGCAGCUUCAGCACUAUGGGACCCUGCUGCAUACUGACACUGACCCCACACUUACUUGUGGCUUCUCUGUUGUCCCUGCUCUACUCAUGGCUUUCAGUAUUACAUUUUCAUCUUAUGCCAAUGAUCGAGAUUCUCACAAAACUCCCUUCUCCUCUAUUUUGUCUUAUAUAAAAACACCCAAAAAGACCCACUCUCAUCCUUUUUUUUUUUUUUUAAUUCGUUCUUCCUGUCCACAGACUCAUGACAUCCAGUAUGCAGGCCAGACCUUCCGCAGAGCUGGGGCUGAGGGCUCUCGCCAUCUACAUGAUUCCCACCUGCGUGCCCCUGUCGCUCAUGAUGCCUCGAGGGGGCCUCACCGAGCGCCCCUGCAUGUCUUUCAUGCCCGAUGACUGUUUGUCCAGCACCCGCAGGAGGUCUGUUCCACUCAUUAGGUGUUCAGUGAGCCCUUGGAGUGGGGCCCACGGUGGGUCAUCGGGAACCCACAGACAGCGGCCCCUCCAGGAGCGUGUGCCCUGCACUCCGGGACCUCCGACUUCCUCCCCCAGGAACACUAACCUCUGCUCUCCCUGGGGGGCUGUACGUCUUCUGGUACGUGCUACGAAGGGUAACUUUGCUACCAAGGGUGCCGCCUUUCGCCUUUCGUGGCAGCAUGAGCAAUUACCUGGCCUUCUUCCUGCUCCUUUAGGAACCGGACCUCUCCUAUUAGUCUUGCUCCCUCCCCACUUCCCCCCACCGCCCCCUAGCUUCCACUACGGUGGCUUCUGCUGUAUUUUCCGAGAACUUGAGGCAAGUCAGGGCUCUGGCACUUGCUAGUACCUCUGCCUAGAAUGCUCUUCUGUUGUCACAGGUCUCCCUCCCUCGCCUCCCUUGGGUCUCUGUGCUCCAAUGUUCCUUUCUCAGGGAGGCCAGACCAUCCCCCCCUCCUUGCAUCUUCACCUUGACUGCCCCCCCCCCCAGCAGCCUCUGGUGCUCCCCGGGCCCCUUUCCCGCUCUCUCUGCAGCUUUGUACCCUCUCCCAUUCUCAACCUUUUCUUGUCGUACCCCCCACAACCCCCACUCGGAUGUAAACUCCAUGAGGACCAGGACUUAUCUCCCGCUCAUUUUCACGUAUCUCUAGUUAGCUGGCUGGCUGUUUAUCUACCAAAAAUCCAUCUUUCACUGUUAUGUCCCCAGCCCCCAGGGCCACCAGGCACAAGGCGGGCAGGGCACUCAGUGUCUGAGUGACAUGUGAAUGACUGAAUGGACUUAGGCAACAGCACACAGAGUUGAUCAAACUCCCGGCUGUGUUUACUUUUCCUGCCCACUUCUCUGUCCUGGUUCUCCUCCUUCUGGCCCUUUUAUUCUUCCAUUUCCUAAAUGUGGGCUCUCUACAAGAAUGUCCUCUCUUUCUCAGAUAUGUUCUCUGAGCCACCAGCUUCCAGAGCUGAAGAUGGAGAGGAGGACGCACGAGAUGUGGGCACAGCUGGGGUCAAGGGCAGUGGCCCCCGCCCCCCACCCCCGCCAGGCACAGCCAGAGCCAACGGGACUGCCCGGUAGAACCUGGAUGGUAUCACUUUGUUGUCUGAACAGAAGCUUGAAAGAGAAAACAGAGAGAGGAAAUGGAAACUCCUAGAAGUUAAGCCCAGAGCACCACAGCCCGGCAGCGGUCAGACGCUAGAGGAGACAGAAGCAGAGCUCCCUCAGAGGACCUGCAGUGCUGGAAGGGUCUUCAGCAACGUCUGAUGCGGAUGCUGUGUCACACAGGGACAGGGAGGUGAAGGGCAGACGACGUAGAGCCAGCCCACCCGGGCUCAGGUCUGGGAGUUUGGGCCUGUGGUGUCCCGCACCCCCACCCCCACCCCCACCCCAGGCUGGGUGAGCCACGUGAAUGGAGAGCGAAGCCAGGGAAGAAAAUGUUAGCAGAGUAAAGCCAGCCAGUCUGAUGGGGGAGGAGCCCGGCUGGAAGCUUAGCUGUCGGAGGAGGGGGCCUGGCCCAACUAAGGCCCCUCGGGCUGAACACAGGACCAGUGUGUUCACCGCUGGGGUGUGGCUCUGACAAAAA